AUGAAGUCGAUAAUCCUAAGCCAUAAGCGUUCUUCUAGCAUGCCUUCGAGACCUUAUUACCCUCUAAUCCCCGAAUUCGAACUCCGUUUGCAAAAAAUAAAAUCCGAUAAUUUCCCCACCUCUUCUUCUUCUUCUUCAUCUCUACCCUCAAUCGCCGAAAAGAUGAACAAUCUCGAACAAAUACACGAUUUUAUCGACAACUUACUUCUUCUCCCACACACCCACCAAAUUUUCACCCGAGAAAGGCACGAAAAAUGGGUCGAACAAAUCUUGGACGGAUAUCUCGGCCUAGUGGACGCUUGUGCCACGACUAAAGAUUUCAUCUCCCAAUCGAAAGAUUACAUUUCGAACCUCCUCUCGGUCCUAAGGCGAAAGCGCUGCUCGGAAGAUCUUUCUGAGUUCAUCUCCUCAAGAAAGACGAUCAAGAAGCAAAUACAAAAAUCAUUGAGAAAAAUCGGGAGCUAUAAAAAGAACUUCUCUGUUUUAGAAACAGGGGACAAAGAUCAAGAAACAAAUGCAACCAUCAGCAGGUUGAAGGAAGCCGAGUCGAUAACUUUAGACUUGUUCAAGGAGCUUUUGUCGAGCAUUUCUCGUUCGAAUGAAAGUUCGAGGCUAAGUAAAUGGUCACUAGUUUCGAAGAUUAUGGGAUCGAGAAAAGUUUCAUGCCGCGAGCAUAAGAGUUCGAUGCUCGGGUUUGAAGAUUUGGAUAUUUCAUUGAGUAAAUUCGUUAGUAAAGGCGAGACGGGCUCGAAAAUCGAGAAUUUGCAGCGACAGUUGAGGAAGAUGGAGUUGGUUAUUACAGUUAUUGAGGAAAGAUUGGAGUGUUUGUUCAAACGUUUGAUUAAGUCAAGAGUUGCACUGCUUAACAUGCAGAGCCAGUUGUACUAG